GAUUGGGGAGCGGGGUAGAAUGUGCCAAGGCGCGCCUUAAAUGGCCGCUGGAGUUCAUUGCCUGGCAGCCUGGGGGUGGUGGGCUUGCGAAGAGGGUGUCUGGAGGGCUCGGCUUGUCCUCGGGUUGCGCGCGACGAAAGGGCGGCUGGCAGCCGUUGGGGCGCGCCGCUGGUUACCCGAGGAGAGCCGGCCGCCGCGGUGCUGCUCAGAGCCGCAGGGCCAGUCAGACGCCAGGCCCAGAAGCCCACCAUGGCCUCCCAAAACGCCAGACGCGGGGCACCUACAAAGAACUUUCAACCCAGACGGUCAACGCGCUCAGUGCGGUACUCAGCGCCGGCGCCUCCCAGCCGCUCAGGGCUCUCGGUGCGCUCCUCAGGCUCGGUGCGCUCCUCAGGCCCGGCGCGGUCCAUACGCUCAGAGCUCUCUGUGCGCUCCUCAGCUUCGGUGCGGCCAGCACCUUCCCAGCAGUCAGUGAGUUAUGGAGCCCCGGCGCCGCCAGCCGCACCUCCGACUCCGGAGCCUCCAGCACCUUCGGAGCACCCCUCACACACAAAGACUCACACGGCACAUGGGCCUUCCCCUGUACAUUACUUGCCAUUGACUGCAAAGAUGAAGAAUGCGGCCAAAAAGCGUGCUGAGGGCCGGGCCAAAGUCCCACACAGAUACAGGGACAGCAUCAAGCGCUUUUUCUUCUCACCUACCGGAAUGUUGAAGGUCCUGAGGCUGGGUCUUAUCACAGGAGCAUUGGCCUGUUUCAUCCACGUCCAAGCCCAUGAGUCGUUUAUAGCAAUCACAGUUUUAGAAAGCUGCAUCGUCAUUUUUUUUAUUCUAACAUAUAUGAUAACCCUUCAACACUUGAUGACUUAUUUACACUGGCCCUUACUAGAUCUUAUCAACAGUAUCAUUACGGCUGUGUUCCUUUUCAUAGUUGCCAUCUUGGCGAUGCAAGAAAAGAACAGAAGGAAGUUGUUCUAUACUGGAGGGUCCCUGUGUCUCGCAGCAGCAAUCGUGUGUCUCCUCGACGCGUUUGUGGUCACCAAGAAGAUGAGGUCAGCUAUGAAAUCACUCCUGCAAAUCAAAGUGCUAAAAAAGCCGGCGCCUGAGCCAGGACACUCGCAGAUGCACCUGUCUUCCUCCAGUCACUUCAACCCCACCAACUACUGAGCUUGGAUGCUGUUACCCAUUCUGGCCCACUUGUGACCAUAAAGUCGGGGCUGCUAAGUCGGGAACACUCCUGCUUCCUCAUGUUGCCUUGUGUAAAGGUCGCGUUGCAUUUUCAUGAAUGUGGUGCUGAGCCAGCUGGUUGCACGGCGCUGCUGCCCCAGGAGGCCCGGCGAGGGUCACGACCCCGGGUUUCUGCUGCCAACCGGACCCGACCCGGAAUGAGAACGGCGGCUACAGCCUUAGGGCACCC